AUGGUAUAUUUUUUUUUUUUUAAAUAGUCCAAUUGCGAAUGUCUUACGAAUAAGCAGCCUCUUCGUUUUAUUUUAAAGUUAAUAGAAUUAACAAUUUUAUUUAACUCAAUCCUCAAUAGUAUUUACUUGUAAUUAGGAAAUAUAAUAUAUCAAAGAUGGAUAAAUAAACGAGAAUGGACUAUUGUAUGUUAAGAAUAAAAUACACAUUCAUUUUAUUUUUUUUGA